UUCAGCAUCGCCGCCAUCUUUGUUGAUGUGUCAGCUCAGCGGGUCUUUGGGGAAGCUGCAGGCGGGGAGAGUGCGGUGUCCGCCCUUUUUCCCCAUCGCCGGCCCCCGCAGCUCCUCGUCUGCUGCACCCCGCAAUGGAGAAGUUGGUCCGUAAGCUGGAGCUCUGCCGGCCGCGUUAGGGGUACGGCGUGAGGCUCGCAAAAGUGGGAUGUAAGACGAAGAUCAGGAGCGGAUUGGAAGGAGCGCGGCUACAUCGGUGCCAGGCAGCAUGUCGGAGACGGAGCACGCGGCCCGCGCGGCCCCCGCGCCCUCCGAUGGAAGGACUGGGGAAGCGUCUGCCCCGAGGGGAGACGCCUGCCGCCCGUUUUCUGGUGGCGGAGGCAGCGGCUUAGAAAACGAGUCCGAACCGUCCUCAUUAGCCUUGGAUAAAACUUCAUGUCGGGCCGAUGAGCACAAUAAUCAGACUGAAGCACAGGAAAAUUAUGUACCAGAUCAUGGUGGAGGUGAGCAUUCCCGUGGUAAAACGGACGCAUGCCUGGAACAUUCUGAACAAACGCCUGAUUUUCCUGGAGGAGAUUUUACAAAGCAAAUUUCUAAACCAAGCGAAACAGAACAGACAGUAACUCAGAUACUGGCAGAAUUAGCAUCUCCUACCUUUACCGCGGCAGCUGGUCAUAAGACUUACUCAGAAAGUCCCUAUGACACAGACUGCACCAAGAAACUUAUUUCAGAAAUAAGGAAUGUCUCAGCAUCAGAGGAUUUGUUGGAAGAAAUAGAAUCUGAGCUCUUAUCUACAGAUUUUGCGGAGCAUCGAGUACCAAAUGGAAUGAACAAGGGAGAACAUGCAUUAAUUAUGUUUGAAAAGUGUGUGCAAGAUAAGUAUUUGCAACAGGAACACACCAUAAAGAAGUUAAUUAAAGAAAAUAAGAAACAUCAGGAGCUCAUCUUAGAUAUAUGUUCAGAAAAAGACAAUUUAAGAGAAGAACUGAAAAAAAGAACAGAAACAGAGAAACAGCAUAUGAACACAAUCAAAAAGUUAGAAUCAAGAAUAGAAGAACUUAAUAAAGAACUUAAAGCUUCCAAAGAUAAAUUAAUAGCUCAAGACAUAGCUGCUAAAAAUGCAGUGCAACAGUUACACAAGGAGAUGGCCCAUCGGAUGGAACAGGCCAAUAAGAAAUGUGAAGAGGCUCGCCAGGAAAAAGAAGCAAUGGUAAUGAAGUACGUAAGGGGUGAGAAAGAAUCUUUAGACCUCCGAAAGGAAAAAGAGAUACUUGAGAGAAAGCUUAGAGAUGCAAACAAAGAAUCAGAGAAGAACACUAACAAAAUUAAACAGCUUUCUCAGGAGAAAGGACGGUUGCACCAGCUGUACGAAACAAAGGAAGCUGAAACUGCUAGACUCAGCAGAGAAAUAGACAAAUUAAAGGAAGAUAUCAAUUCUCACAUCAUUAAAGUAAAAUGGGCACAAAACAAAUUAAAAGUGGAAAUGGAUUCACACAAGGAAACCAAAGAUAAACUCAAAGAGACAACAACAAAGUUAACCCAAGCAAAGGAAGAAGCAGAUCAGAUUCGAAAAAAUUGUCAGGAUAUGAUAAAAACAUACCAGGAGUCAGAAGAAAUUAAAUCAAAUGAGCUUGAUGCCAAGCUUAGAGUCACAAAAGGAGAACUUGAAAAGCAAAUGCAAGAAAAAUCUGACCAGCUCGAAAUGCAUCAUGCCAAAAUAAAGGAACUGGAAGACCUGAAGAGGACAUUUAAGGAGGGCAUGGAUGAGCUACGGACACUGAGAACAAAGGUGAAAUGUCUAGAAGAUGAACGAUUACGAACAGAAGAUGAAUUGUCAAAAUAUAAGGAAAUUAUUAAUCGCCAAAAAGCUGAAAUCCAGAGCUUACUGGACAAAGUGAAAAUUGCGGAUCAGCUACAGGAGCAGCAUCAAAGAGGUAAACAAGAAAUUGAAAAUUUGAAGGAAGAAGUGGACAGUCUUAAUUCUUUGAUUAAUGACCUACAAAAAGACAUCGAAGGCAGUAGGAAAAGAGAAUCUGAGCUACUACUAUUUACAGAAAAGCUCACUAGUAAGAAUGCACAACUUCAGUCUGAAUCCAAUUCUUUGCAGUCACAAUUCGAUAAACUUGCCUGUAGUGAAAGUCAGUUACAAAGCCAAUGUGAACAAAUGAAGCAGACCAGUGUUAAUUUGGAAAGUAGGUUGUUGAAAGAAGAGCAACUGCGAAAUGAGGAAGUCCAGACUCUGCAAGCUGAACUCGCUGGUAAGCGAGCCGAGGCUGACGCACUGAGCACCCAGGUCGAAGAGCUGAAAGAUGAACUGGUGACGCAGAGGCGGAAGUACGCCUCUAGUGUCAAGGACCUUACCAAGCAACUCCAGCAAGCACGGAGAAAAUUAGAUCAGAUCGAGAACGGAAGCUAUGACAAGGAAGUGAGCAGCAUGGGAAGUCGUUCGAGUUCAUCAGGGUCCAUUAAUGCCCGAAGCAGUGCAGAAGAUCGGUCUCCGGAAAAUACCGGGUCAUCGGUGGCCGUGGACAACUUCCCAGAAGUGGACAAAGCCAUGCUGAUUGAGAGGAUAGUGAGGCUUCAGAAAGCACAUGCCCGCAAACAUGAAAAGAUAGAAUUUAUGGAGGAUCACAUCAAACAAUUGGUGGAAGAAAUUCGGAAAAAAACAAAAAUAAUUCAGAGUUACAUUUUGCGGGAAGAAGCAGGCACCCUUUCUUCGGAGGCAUCCGACUUUAACAAAGUCCACUUGAGCAGACGGGGCGGCAUCAUGGCGUCUCUGUACACGUCCCAUCCGGCUGACAGUGGGUUGACCCUGGAGCUGUCUUUGGAGAUCAACCGGAAAUUACAGGCUGUUUUGGAGGAUACGUUACUAAAAAAUAUUACUUUGAAGGAAAAUUUACAAACACUUGGAACAGAAAUAGAGCGCCUUAUUAAACACCAGCAUGAACUAGAACAGCGGACGAAGAAAACCUAACAAAACUGUCGCUCAGCAAAGAGACAAGAACCACACGAGGAGGAGCUGGCGCCCCUGCCCAGUACUGCUGGAAACCCCCCUGCUGUGUGUCAGCCAGUAAAAAUUCCAUUGUUUCUUCUGUAUUGAAAAGUAUCCUUUCACAGUAGGGAUGCACCGCGGUGUAUGCUGGAAGAGUGCAGACUCAGUGAAGUUUGUUUUUGUAUAGUGACAGCCCAUCAUCAAACCAGAACAACCUGGUUUAAUUUGCUGGUAGCCAUGUGAAGUGCUCGACAUUACAAGGGCUUUUGAAAACCCCUUCUUCAUAUUUCUUCCCUUUAAAACACCUAAUGUGAAAAAUGAUUCAGCUUUUUAAAAUUAUGCAUGAAAGGACGAGGGGUUAAUCUUCCAGUAAUAUGCUAUUUCUCCAACUUAAAAAAAAUACUAAAAAAUAAAAAUUUUUGUUUUGGCAUUCCCAUGUAACAUUUGGUUGUGUUUUAGGGAUUGUUGCCAGCAAUCCUUAAAUCUUUUAAUUUGAAUGUAAGCGAGUAGGAGAGCUAGCUUGUGGUGACGAGCAAGGACCAGACAUCGUAUGUACCUUAUCAGGGUAGGUGCAUUUUUUUCACAUUUAAAUUGUUUAAUAGUUGAAUUUUUAAAAUCUUCAGUUACAUAAAAUGUGAUUUUAAGUAACAUGCUCAUUUAGAAAAUUCCUGUGGACUUCAGUUAUAUUUUAAAAUGUGAAAUGGAUUAGUUAUUAAAACAGAUGAAGAAUGAAUUUUUUGAAACCGAAAUACUGUAGUUUUACUGAGAUCAAGUGUAAAGAUAGACGUUUAAAGUAUCUGUGCAGAGCCUGCUCCCAGGAGACGCACCCAUUUCUGUCCUGUCCAAACGCCCACCCUGUGCUGUUGAUGUCGUGACGUGUUCUAGUGGAGUGAUACAUGGUCCCCAAAUGUGAUGUUUCCACAUAUUAUUUAAAACUCAAAAUAACUGCAUCUCUGGAACCAAAGGAAUUUUAGAGCCAAAUGUAUGUAACCUGUUGAGUUUUUACACUAUUUAUUUAAGAUGUGGCAGCUUAAAUGUUGCCAGUCAUAGUAUCAGUAUUUCUUUGUCAUUGAAAUUUUUCUCGCUUCUUGUGAUUUCUCACCUGUUAGAAUGUCUGUGUGUGGUUUGUCCCACAGUUCAUUCUGUGUUCGGCUUGCAGCAAGCCUCACCUCGUUUCGGGUGUUUGCGUUCUCUUUUCUCCCCUUCUGUGAGCGGUGAGCGUCUGGGCGGCGGCGGGUUAAAGGCUCGUGCGGCCGGCGAAGUCGGGCUCACGGUGGCCGCGCCCCUUGGAAGUGCUUCAGCCUCGUUUAGGUCACCGUCAUUUAAAGAGAUAAUUUACUAAAGAUUAGAUGAUUCUUUGUGUUUCUUUUGGUAUAUUGUGUUAUAUAUUGUCAUCCAGAAACAAAAUCUUUUUACUUCAAAGUGGAAAUACAAGUUUAGAAAUGUUUUAUUUUUCAAAUAGCUGUAAAAAGUUUGUCCUAACCACAAUACUUCUUGUUUUUUAUACUAAUAGUAACUUAUCAAAACAAUGGAAAUAGGAGGGUUAGUGCAAUCAAAUCUGAAUUAUUUUUAUCAUUUGCUCCUAGACAUACUGUUGAUGUUCUAAAGACUGCUGAGAGUAGCCAACAUAACUGUUCUUACAGCUUCUUCCGUGAUACAAAUUCCAACACUACAAUCUUUUUUCUUCUAAGACAAAAAAUAUCAAUGGAGACCAAAUAGUGAUCAGAUCUAGUGUCCUAUGUCUAUAUACUUUUAAAAAUAUGUGUACACAUUUAUUACAUAGGAUAUUGAAACAUUCCAAUGUUGACAUUUGUACCACCAUUCAUUUGGAGAAGCUUAACUUUGAAACAGUUUUACAAGAAGGCUAUUAUAAACCAUAUUUUGACUUAUUGCUACCCCCCCCAACAAACGUAAGAAACUAUGGAAAACUUUUUAAGAAAACACUUUAUUUUUCUUUUGUUCUUUAGUUUCUACUGUAUCCUUUUGUAUGAAUCAGGACUGAGCGAAGGGUACAGAGACGCGCACGCGUGAGCGCUCUGUGUCUGCACUGGUCACAGACCGCCCUGCCGCAGGGGGCGAGAGGGCCUCCUGCCCGACCUGCAUGGGACACGCGGAGGCAAGAGCGGGGUGUCGGGACCAGGAAAGUGGUCUGGAGAAGCCUCAGCUCUGGGGGGGAGAUUUGUUUCGAAUGUUCAUUAUGAAUCGUACACGUCGAAGGCUCUUCUGGUUUCUUUGAGCAGGAAAUGAUUUUUUGUGUGUGUGGGUGUAUUUGUAUACACUUCACCGGGUUUCAUUUUUAAAGUGAGUAUGUACUGUGAUCCUCGUUUUCUGUGCCACUUCAAACGUGAGCCUCUUUUAACGAGUGAAAAUAGUGGGUCUGAGCAGAAUGGGGAGUUUGAACUUCGGUAUUUUCCUUUUAACUUUCUUCAUCACCACUUAAAACGAUUUAUCUUGAAAUUAAAUUUUAUCAGGCUACCGAUAUGUUAUUUAUUCAGUGAACAAACACACUGAAAACCUACUGUUGCCAGGCACCAUACCGUGAUUGUAUUGGUAGACAGGCCAGACUGAGCAGUUCCGGACCUCCUAGGGCCGGUGGUCUAGUGAAGAUAUCCAGGAGCAAGCGGGGGCAGCUCUCUGAGCCGCCGCAGCUCACAGCCAGCCUCCCUGGGAAGGGGUCAAUCCACCUGUGUGCGCAGGUGGCCCGGAAGUCCCACUCUGGCCUGCAGCUUUGGGAAGUGAGUCCUUACUGAGCUACACCGAGAGCACAUUGCUGUUUUCUUGGCACUUAACACACUUUUCCACACUUUUGUCACAGUUUGAUGUUUCAUUACUCCUUGAGAAAAACGGGGGGGAAAUCCAAAGACCAUAAAAUGGCAUUCCAUUUUUGCCAUUUUAGUAAAUAAUGAAUGCCUACGCGAUGCUUGUGAAGAUGACCUAAUCGUGCUGUUGUGUGUGUUUCCAAAUUUUGUUUUACAGUAUGUUAUUUUUGAAAGAUUUUUACAUAUAAAUUAGACCAAUAUUUACGAUUAGAAGAAAAAAUUAGAAACCAUUAAUAUUAUCAAUGUUACAUAUGCUACCCUGGUGAGAAUGUUUUUAUCAAUCAUGUUGUUUUCCUGUAUGGUUACUUUGCCUUAUGAAUGUUGACUCCUGUAGCUAAUUUUUUUACAUAACUUUCUUAUUUUAAAAUGAAACAACUCUUUUGUGACACUAAGAUUGUUAAUUUUGAACACCAGUUGGUGGCACUAGAAACCUAAACAUUUGUCAAGGCUGAGCAAGAGAAAGUAAAUUGAAAAAGUAUCCAAAUUAUCAAGAAUUGUCAGGAAAAUAAAUGAAAAGUAUAAUAGUAUGUUCAGGUUGUAUUUUCUUCUGGAAUGAAAUCCUUUCUUAAAACUGCAGUGUGGCUGUCCAUUUAGACUGAGGAUGAAACUGUUUAUCUUCCAAAGUUCAUAUAUAUAUGUGUGUGUGUGUGUGUGCGCGCGCGCACACUUACACGCGCAUUGUACAGAUAAUCUUUAACUUGAUUACACUGUUCAUUUUGUAAAUAAGAGAAAUCUAUGUAUAUAUUGUACUUAUUAAAUAGGUAAUGCCUGUUUACCAAGUUG